UAUGAAAGCCGCCUGUGUCUAUCCAUACCAAAAGCUGACAGUCUGCAAUUUCACAUCCGUGUUAAAUAUUACACCGUCCUUGACCUUCAGAUAAGAUCAACGACGAACAUACCGUAAAAUAAUACACAUCCUACUGGUUCACCAGCCAAGCAAGUGGCCUGAACAGAGCACAAGGGGGACAGUAAAACUGAUCGGAGGCUGAUGCCAUACGCACACGAGGGAUAUCAAGCGGACCAUGGCGGGGUAUUAUGCCACAAACACAUCAGAGAAAAACUUACGGAAACUCGAGCGAGGCGUGGUGGUGACAGUGUUUUGUCCCUCUAAGAAAAAGCCGGAGAAUGUUACCUUAAGAGCCAUUCUAGAGACCAAGGAGAUCAUUUGUAUCUUAUAUGAAGGAGGAAAGCCUGAAUAUAGAGUAUACCUACCAUUUGUAAAGGAAGUGCGACCAGGUCUCAACAGCCCGGACUUCGAACGCUGGCCAGACGAGACCGCUAAGUAUGACCCUGGGAUGGCCAUGGCGAUCUUUCACGGCCUCGAGUUCAAUCUUUCCUGUUUGUCUAUAGUGGCACUCGACCCCAAUGAUUUCCCUGCCUUGAUGGAGGGCAUGACACAACUCGUCAGUGAAACCAAGGUCGCCUCAUACCAAAUACAGAAGGAAAGAUGGCUGUGGAAGGAAUUUUACAAGAUUCAGAAAAACGAAGCGAGAGCCUAUGGCACGGACCGAUUAGAAAAACAGUUCUACAUCAAAACUCUACGCGACCUAAAGUCCUGGUUGGCUAAGAUGAACUACAAGCUGAAAAAUAAGGAAGCUAAAAGACUGCUCAAGCAACUCAAGCUCAAAGAAAAAAUGGUUUUCCAAGAAUUUUACAUGUUAUUUGAAGAACUCGUUCACUCUGAUGAUAUAAUUACCAAACAUUUUAACCAGUACUUAAGCGGGAAGUCAGGCGAAAGGCUAAUGACUCCUGACCGUUUCGUCGAUUUUCUUCAGACAGAACAAAACGAAACGUUUUCAGCAGAAACAGCCAAACUGAUGAUCAAACAUUUUGUCGAUGAUCAAAUGAGAGGGACGCUUGGGUCAAUGCACUUCACAGAGAAAGAGUUCUAUGACUACCUCCUGUCCCCUGACAACAGCGUAUGGAACCCGGAGCAGGAACAGAUCAGGAUGGACAUGUCCCAGCCGCUCUGUGACUACUGGAUUGCCUCGUCUCAUAACACGUACUUGACCGGCAAUCAGGUGAGCAGCGAUUCUUCUGUGGAAGCGUACGCCAGGGCUCUACGGAUGGGAUGUCGAUGUGUGGAGUUGGACUGCUGGGACGGAACAGACGGUAUCCCAAUCAUCAGACACGGCAAGACGUUGACUAGCAGCGUCAAAUUUGAUGACGUCGUCAAGACGAUCCAGGCCAACGCGUGGCAAACCUCUGAAUUCCCCGUGAUCCUGUCCUUAGAGAACCAUUGUAGCCUCCAGCAGCAGAGGCACAUGGCCUCAGUCCUGAAAGAGACUUUCAAAGAUGAGCUGGUGACGGCCCCGGUGGACGCUAUGGAGAGGCAACUACCUUCACCGGAACUCCUCAGGAGGAAGAUCCUCAUCAAGGAUCGUAAACUGAAGGUCGACGAAGGCUCAGAUGAAAAGAGGUUAUCGCUAGAUGUCCGCAAAUCUGGCAUCUUGCAUAUACUGGACCAAGCUGAACGGGCAUGGGUCCCCCUGAAGUGUGUUCUCACGGAGAAGGAACUGAUGUACAGCCCGAAGGAUGACUAUGAAGGCGAGGAUUUCGAGGAUGAUGCUGCUGAUGAAUAUGAAGACUACGACAGCGAGGACGAGAAUAUUGAGAUGGAGCCAUGGUUUCAUGGUAAACUUUCUCGGGGACGACGGGAAGCGGAGGGGCUCCUGAAGGAGCAGAAAUCUCAUGGUGAUGGCACCUACCUAGUCAGGGAACGCGACAACGGAUCAGGAUACUCAAUAUCAUUUUGGCUCGACGGGAAAGCCAACCACUGUCGGAUUCAAUCGCGAGUUGAAGACGACGGAACAAAGAUCUACUACUUCAACGACAGCACAUGCAAGACGACAGUGAAGGAACUGCUCGACUACUAUAGAGAAAACCCAUUAUACCUCGCCACCAACAAGUCAGUCCUCCUCAAUGAGUCCGUCUACCACCCGCCCGAUUACAUCACCAAGCCAUGGUACUUCAGCAGUGUGAACAGGAGGGCUGCUGAGGAAAUGCUCAGAAGAAAUCCUGAGGAUGGUCGCUUUCUUGUGAGACCAGGAUCAGCCAAGGAUAGCUUUGCUCUUUCGUUUAGAUAUCACGGCAAAAUUCGUCAUUUUCGUAUCAGCAAGCAUUGCGGGCCAUACGUUCUUGGCCUCUACCGGUUUACCAGUCUGGUGAAGCUGGUGGAAUUCUUCAAGAAGAACCCACUGUACAGAAAGAUGAAACUUGGGAAACCGGCAUCAGGGGCGACGACUGAUCAACAGGCUGACGACUGCGACAUCUACGGCUGCAGCAUCUACAGCGACCCCAACAGCCCCGAAGGCCUCAGCAUGGUGAAGGUGAAGGCCCUGUACGACUUCCGGGGUAACCAGUGUGACCAGAUGACCUUCCGCAGGGGGGCGCUCAUUACGAAUGUCAAGGAGGAGGAUUGUCCAUGGUGGAGGGGAGACCUCGGAGACAUGCGACAGCUUCUGUUUCCGGCCAAUUACGUGGAGGUCAUCCCGGAGAAGGAAGACGAUAAGACAGACCUCGAGAAGGAGAGCGGCAUCAUAGACCUCGCAGGCGGCAUCGUUGAAAUAUCUCGGCAGGUUGAAGACAAAAAGAAUGUUCUCAAUAUAUUCAGCAACAAGACAGCCAAGCCUUUCAUCAUCGGCUUCGAUCACCAUCGAGAAAUGGCGGACUGGGGUGACGCUAUAAGAAGCAAUGUUGCGGCACUAGAAAACAGAGAUCGUAAGCGGUCUGUACAGGAGGGUAUAGACAAUAGAGCUGCAGAAUUGUCGGACCUCGUCGUCUACUGUCGAGCUGUGGCCUUCGACACAAAGAACAUUCCUGGCAGGCAUUCGGAAAUGUCAUCUCUGUCCGAAUCAAAGAUUGCACAGUUUCUAACCACAGACAAAAUGACAACGAUAACAAAUUACAACUGUUAUCAGCUCAGUAGAAUCUACCCGAAAGCCUUACGAAUCGCGUCGGAUAAUUACGAUCCUGUCCCGAUGUGGACAAGUGGUUGCCAGAUGGUUGCCCUGAACUACCAGACCCCUGACAAACCCAUGCAGCUCAACCAGGGCUGGUUCCGACAAAAUGGAAAGUGUGGAUACGUGUUGAAGCCCCCGUGUAUGAGGGAGGCUUACUUCAACCCCUUUGAUUUGAGGACCCUGUCCACAGUCCCGAAACUCAGCUUGACUAUAACAAUACACUGCGGCAGACUGUUAACGGUCGGAGCUUGUCUGAGACCCUUCAUUGGGAUGGAAGUGAUGGGAAUCCCUAUAGACAACAAGAGAAUCAGGACCGGUCUACGAGAAGUAAACAACGGCCUGACGCCAGUAUGGGAGGAUGAAACUCACGUCCUUGACAUUGUGUGCCCACCAAUGGCCUUGCUGAGGUUUGAGUUGUGUUCAGACAACGAGGUGAUUGACCAGAAGGUUCUUGCACAAGCUACGAUCCCAGUGUUAGCUCUCAGGGCAGGUUUUCGCAGUGUGCCUUUACAGAACGCCUCCAGUGAGAACCUACCGUUGUCCUCCCUUCUCAUACAUCUUGCCAUCAACGACACAGAGAACGAAAGUCUGUCACGCAUUGCUGAAGAAGUGAGGAACAUGUACCAGACACUGGCUAGUUUGAACCGUGACCCACAGAAGGUGCGGAAACUGAUGGACACGGAGAAGAAGAUUCUUGAGUCUCUCGAGGAGAAGAAGAAGAAUAGUAACAUCUACGGAGAGUUCACCAUGCCCAGGCACAAAAAGACUUGAGCAGAAGGAGCUGGAGCUUUCUCCCACUGGCAUCAGAAACCUGAGAGAAGCAAACUGCACAGGAAGAGGUUAAGUCCGAUCACACGUGUAGUGCUUGUGACGGACAGACAGGGUGACAGCUUCAAGGAAAUAUUUCAAUUGUUAUCAGACAGAAAUGACAAUGAAUAAUGCUAUGUCAUAUUAUCAGAACCAGCUGUAACGAUAGCUGGAAGAGGCAACACAAGAGGAACAUCCCAAUGCCUGUAUUGCUGGUACGAGAUUUAGCUGUAUGUGAUAUGUGGUUCAUAUGAGAUAGUGCAUCUUAAUAUGUUUCAUGUCCUGUUUCGAUCUUUCUGCAAAACGUUUGAUGGUGUCUGUUCAGCAAUCUGAAAGGUAGAUUAGAUCCAAUUCGACAUGGUACUAGUAAAUGGAUUUACUUGGGUGUCCAGUCUAACGUAAUCGUGCCAAAGGAAGGUCCUUCGCUGAUCAGCGUGAUUACAUAUUUAGUACUUGACAUAGUGAUCUUGUAGACAUAAGUGAUGGAUCCAUGUAAAAUUCACAUGUUGAAAUGGUACACCUUGCUUCCAGGAAGCGUGCGAUGGUUGGAAGACUUGAUUAAUUGAUUAAGGCUGUAAAUGCAUGUGUAUAUUAUAUCUUGUUUAUUAUUUUAUUGUUGUUGUUUAUUUUGAUGUUGGUUCUAUUACUGAUACUACCUGUUUAAUGUACAUAUGUGGUUGAUAUGAAUGCUCUAAUUUGGACAGUUUUACUUUCAUGGAAUGUCAAUUUUAUUCUCUGGCUGGUAUUGCCUAGAUUUCAUUCCUAUUUGUAUCUGUGAAUAUGUGUAUCAUCCAUUAAAACGUGGAGAUUAAUCAUAUUUAGCCAACUAAACCUCACAUUAUUAUUCAUUUAAUUUGUCUGUUCUGGUAUAUGCAAUUACUGUAUUUAUCUAUACGCUUGUCCGUUAUUGUUGGAUCUGUCAACAAUGUAACAUCAGUAAGAAAGACAUUUUUCUUUCCUUUUUUACUCGCGUAUCAAAAUUUCAAAUGCUAAAACCAUGUUAAUUAACUUAAACGUGUUCUUCCAGAUGCUUAGUACCUAUUUUUACACAGAAACACGACCUCCACAUAAUGCAUGAAUCUUGAAAAGACUUUACCCCAGGAAUGUGUACAUUUGCUACAGUGAAAACUGAAACUUUGAAGUAUCUUGUUAUUUAUAGUAUGCACCUCUCUCGCACUAACUGUGAUACUUUUGUGCAUAAUAUUUUUAUAUAUAUGUAUGAACUUAUGUAGAAUUGCAACAUAAGCUAAGUUGUAAACUUUUCGAUUGUACCAUGCAAUGUCCCCUUUCUUCAUACCUGAAUAUUAUGACCGUACCAUUAUACGGUGUAACUUCCAUUGCCGUUCUCUGCAGACAACUUUUAGAGUUUUUCGUGUCUUUUGGACCUUAAUAUACUUUUCCACAAACAGUUCUACAAACAGUUGCCUAGCAACAACAUUAUAACAGUCGCCAGGGGCACAACGGCAGUUUCAGAUGCAUGUAUUUCAUCAAUUUCAUCAGAAUGACAAUACAGAAUGCGUUCAAAUUACUAAACGAACUUGUGUGUAAAAUCGUCAUAAUGGUUAUGACGCCAACUGUUAUUUGUUGAUAACAAAGAGAUACUGAGUGUGCAUGUACUGGUUUUAUGAAUCUCGCGUCCGUAUUCAUGUAUUUCAAAAUGUUUUACCAGUGACUCAUGUCAGAGUUUGCAUCCGUGAAACGUGAAUCUGUAUUGUUUAUGACGAACAGGAAAAUUCCAUUGAUGACGAACAGAAAAACCCAAUUGAUGACGAACAGAAAAACCCAAUUGAUGACGAACAUGGUUGCGUUGGAAAGCGCCAGUCGCUUGCAAGCAAUGUACAUCGAUUCGCCUUACAACGGGGCGCUUACUUUCAGGCGCUUGCAGUCGUUCCAUUCGCUGGCUGAGGUCGCUUCGUUCUCAAACCAAAAUGGCGGUUGAGUUCAACAGCGGAACAAGAAACUUUUGACUGGAUCUACUGAGAGAGGGGCAAAGGCAGCUAACACCCCAUCAUUUUCCCAGUCAGCUACAUAACCUCAUCAGUUCGUCAUCGAACCGCUUCUAUUACUUUCUUCAUUAGGAAAAAGGCAACCAAGCACUAGUUGCGCCACCAUUUUGGCAGAGUGUGCAAGCUCUUCAUGCUGUUUCAGACCCCGGAAUUAGCGAUGUAUUGCUUACUCUAAGCGAUUUGUGGCUUCCAACGCGCCCCAGAAAACAUCCAUUGAUGACGAACAGAAAAAUUCCAUUGAUGACGAACAAAAAAUUCUAUUGAUGACGAACAGAAAAAUCCCAUUGAUGACGAACAAAACAUUCUAUUAAGGACGAACAGAAAAAUUCCAUUGAUGACAAACAGAAAAAUGUCAUUUAAAUAUGCAGUCUUCCCUUAAACGUCAUUUUAGAUGAAAGCGCGAAGAAAAACAGAAUUACAAGGAAGGCAACACAUUAUACGCAACCGUAUAUAUAGGAAUUGUUUAUCCGUCAUGUAGAUGCACCCACCUUGUACCUAUUCUACACUCAUCAUGUACUGACUGUGACCUUAUCAUGAUAUAGCAGGAACGAUACAAUGGAUUCUUCUUUUAGCGGAGAUUGCUUGUGAUUAUGGAAACGUUUUGUUGCUUUUAUUGCAAUGUUUAUGUUGAUUUUUUGAAAUGUCACUUCCUUCUCAAAGGAAAAACACCUAAACAACUUGCCACACGUUGUUGAUUGUUCGUCAUUUCACCAGCAAUACCAGGUGUACUGUUGCUAUUUUUCUUGUUAUCUACUCUGGUUUGUGCUUUGUUUUACUUCUUGUAAUAUGUGUCAGCUCUAUGAUCAAAGUACUGUAUUGCCAAAUAUAUAUAGUUUUUUCAAGUUUUCCUACCUUUUAAAGUAUCUUUAGUUUUGUGAAUUAUGACAAUCACAGUUACAGUGUUUUUGUUCAGUUUUUAAUAUAAUAUAUAAUAAACACAGUUUUGAUUGAUCGUAUAUUGAUUAUGAAUAAUCCGUGAAGUAAAGUUUCCAUAGAAAAGAGUAUAUAUUCUUCUCCAUUUGAUUCCAGAGACCAAUUGUCUUCUCAUUUGUUACAUUUACCACAAUCGCCACAUUGAACCAAACUUAAUUACAUAUUGGUAACAAACCUGACCUGAUUAGUUUCCUGAACUGUGUGUAAAUUGUGCAUGCUACAUAUUGAUAUGUUCAUAGUUGAACCAUGUUUUGUUUGACUGUUUGAACACUUAAUCAUUUCUUGAAAUUUCUUUGAAACAAUUUCUGUCAGUAGUUUCAUUUGGCCUUUUGACGAACAAUUUGUCUUUCUCCUGGGUAGUUAAGACAUCAACACUGUAUGUUUCCCGAGAUGGUCGCGUGUACUGGCUGAUAUGGUAUAAUACAAGGAAACAAAGUAAGAGUUGAAAGGGUAACUUUGCCUCUGACCAGUUACAAAACAGGUAAUUAGAUGAUUGAUUUCGGUUUAUGUAUUUCAAUAUGAAAAUCUCAUCAAAGAAAUAUGAAUUGUCAUGAAAUAUAAACGGGAUACGAUUUUAAGUGAAAAACUGUUUAUAUGGAAAUAUGGAAACACAUGGAUAUAGAAAGCGGUUCUUAACAUUUUUACAGGACUAUAUGUCUGAUACUUGUUCAAUAUUGAAUGUAUUUUACAUUGAGUUACCAUCCAAAUGCACACCUAUUAAAAAGACAAAAACAAUAUUUCUAUAAAACGGGAUUACAUUUUUUUCUUAUGUAUCAUACAUAUUACAGAUAAGGGUAUAUAUGUUCAGAAACGUAUGACCAUGUUUUUCAUAAACAAAUUUCUAUUUUACAAGAUACAAGAAAGAAAUGUCAAAAAAUAUGUUUUUCAAGAUCAUCAUGUCAUUUGGUCCAUGUGCGACAUCAGAUGGUUUAAUAGUUCGACUACACACAUUGGCUCGUUAUGUUAUACACAGACUAUAUGAAGGUUUAAAAGAAGCAAACAUUUCAGUGUUGUGGUUUGUUAUAUUGCUAAACAUUAGGAUAUUCUUCAUAUUAUUCCAUGACUCGCCGAUAUGAUUACUUCUAAUUUGGAUGUGUAAAUAGGAUCACAUAUCUCAGUAUACCAAUCGAAAGUUGUGUAGUAUAUCUAUUCGUUAUCACGUGAAUCGUCAGUGUAGCAUCUGCCGCGUAUCUUAAUGUUGUUUCGUCAGUUCCAAAAUAUGUGAUAAAUGCACCUGAAAAAUGUUAAGCUCUGCUUACUCUAUAUUUCCAUACGCAAUGGACAUUCUUUUCUUAUGACAAAACCCAUUUAUGUUUGUUUAUAAAGUGACAUACUCAGAAAAAGAAAAUCGAUUGCCUAACUUCAAUACUUUGUUUAAGGGCAAUGCUUAUUUCACUACCCUUUCAAUGGCCUCAUCUUCUUCUUUGUAUCCUAUGAAAUGACCAUGUCCUUGUGACCAUUUGGAAGAACAUAUUGUCCUUGUAUCAUCAGUCCACGCAGUAUCAGUCGUGUAUCGAGGACACUUAUCCGCCCGCAUGGCCCCCUCAUGCAUUUGUAUGGUUUAAUAUGAUUAUACCUUGAAAUUGUAUAUCAAACAUUGCACAAAUGUCGAAAAUUGGAGAUCAACAUCGAAAGAGUACUUGAAAGUGGAAGUUCCAUAAUGGCGUGAGCAGCCUCAUUAGUUACAUCCGUCGGAACCACAUAUCAGCGUCACGUUGUAUUUUGUAUCUACUUUGGUACUUAAACAUAACAUUUACUUACGAAAGCAUUUGGUAAAAGCCGUUGAGUGGGGGGGGCAAGCCCCCCCCAAAAAAAACAAAACAAAAACAAAACAAAACAAACCCAACAACAACAACAACAAAACAAAAACAAACAAAAAUAAAUAAAUAAAUAAACACCCCCAAAAAACAACAACAACAACAAACAAAAAGACCCCCCCCCCCAAAAAAAAAACCAACAAAAAAAACAAAACAAAACAACCAACCUACACAAACCCACUGUUGUGUUAGCGAGGCGACAAAAAUGGCGUCUGAAAAACUUUGAAACCGUUACUAAUGAAAGAGCUCGCGUACGACCUUUGCCAAGAUGGCGGAAGGUGUCCGGUAUAAGUGCCUAUUUAUCAAAGUGAGAUCAGUGUCACAUGUGACAAUGUUCGAGCCAUAUGACAUCAAAGACAGCAAGGUGCUUAACUUGUUUCGCAGGUUACAUUCUGUUUGUUAGGUUUAAACAAUUCGAAACAACACUUCAUUCAUAUAAACGGAAAUGUAUGUGCAAUACUUAUAUGUCUCAGCUUAGAUUAUUAAAGUACACAGUUCAAACUUCAUGUACAAACACGUGUAUGUAAGAAAUGUUUACACAGUUAGUUUCUGCUCGUCAAUCCUUGAAAAAUCUCUCCUACUUAAAUCAUCCAACAUAUGGUUGUUUGUUUUCUUAAAAAUUGAAUUGUUCAGCUUAGUAAAUGAUUGAAUUUG